UCUCAGUCCCGUGGCAUCCUGCAGAACAGCCGUUCAGCUCCCUCUGUGAAGGACGAGGUUAAAUGCCACAUUUACUCAGUCCUGAGGACUGAAAAGCCCUGACCCAGUUUCACAUGUUCAUGACAGACUGCAGUCAGUCUCCUUGUAGGCUUUUUCCUAAUAAGAGCCCUAAAGAGCAAUUAAGCCAAGCCCGUUGGCUUUAUGAGGACUAUAUGAGAGGUGGGGAGUGAGUCUUUUUUGCGCGCGAGACUGUAUUUGAUUUCACAGGGCUGCGUUAAGAGAGUUUGAUGAAACGGUAAUCUAAUUCCACGGCAAGGCUAGGAAGAUUAAAAGAUCUGAAAAGAGAGCAAAACAGGAGGGCGAAGUGGCGCAUCAAGGCCACCGUAGCUCACAUCCGCAGAUCUGCGGAGAUGGACUUCCACAGUCCCAGAUGAGCUGAAACCACUGGCCUCGACUUGGAAGGGAAAAAAAUAAAUAAAUAAUGGAAAAAAUGAAUACCCAGCAUGCCUUGCAGGCGGUGGAGCGUCUCCAGGCCAAGCUGAAGGGGAAGGGGGAGGUUCCCGCGGAGGAGAAGCUCAGGACGCUGAAGACGGUUCUCCAGAGCCCCCUCUUCGGCCGGAUCCUCGCCAUGCAGACGUCCGGCCUCCUCCCCCAGGCCUGGGGCAGGACGGAGCGAGCGUCGCCGUGCCUGAGCAGCGGCCUGUCCCGUAGCGCCGCCCUCAGCCUGCCGGCUCUGCCGCGCAGCGACUCGUACGAGUCCGCGCUGUGCCGCGGCGGCCCCCCCGGCGACCCCCCCGCGGCGUCGGCCUCCUGCGGCGACCUGUCCGCCGCCCGGCUCCAGCUCGUCCUUCAGGCCACGGCUCAGGGCCGCUACGUGACAGACAUCGAGUUCCUGAAGCCCGUCUCCGGCGAGCUUGGCUUCAGCUUGGCGUCGGCGAGCAGCGGAAACCGCGAUGAAGGGGGCAUAUUCGUUCAGGAGGUACAGCUGGGCAGCAACGCCCAUUGCGAUGGGACCCUGAAGCAGGACGAUCAGCUCUUAGCCGUCAACGGGCAGCCGCUGGACGGGACCGUCUCCGUAGAGCAGGCUGUGGACCUGCUGCGGAAUGCCCCGGAAAGGGUCCAGCUUACCGUCGCCAGAGGCCCAGUCCAGGAGCUGGACAGCCCCGUGCUGUCCAUCAAGAGCUCCUCAGCCAAUACCCUGCCGCCAUGUCAAAACACGUGUCACUGGGACCGCCUGUCCUUCCCGCAGAAGCGCACGGAGAAGGUUGAGGUCAUAGAGCUGCAGAACAGCAGGGCCGGUCUGGGGUUUGGCAUCGUGGGGAAGAGGCGCAAGGGAGUUCUGGUGAAGACCAUCCUGCCCGAGGGGAUCGCUGAUAAGGAUGGGAGGCUGUGCAGUGGGGACCGCAUCCUAAAGAUCGGGGACACGGACGUGUCAGGGAUGAGCAGUGAGCAGGUGGCCCAGGUUCUGCAGCAGUGCGGAAGCAGGGUCAGGCUCCUCGUCUCCAGGGGGGUCCCGGACGAGCCCCCCAGCCCCAUUUCGGCUCUGGCCUCUGACAACAAGCCACAGGCUCGCGGACACGAAGAGAAGGAGGCGUUUGAGGUGGAGCUCACCAAAGACGCUCAAGGAUUAGGGAUCACCAUCGCUGGAUAUAUUGGGGACAAAAACUCUGAACCUUCCGGAAUCUUUGUGAAGAGCAUAAUAAAGGGCAGUGCUGUGGAACAGGACGGCCGAAUACAUGUCGGAGAUCAGAUCUUAGCUGUGGACGGGACUAGCAUCCAGGGCUACAGUAACGAGCAGGCGGUGGAGUUCCUGAGGCACACGGGGCAGACCGUGUCCCUGGAGCUCCGGCGCUGGGGCCUCCAGGCCGGGCCGGCGCCGACGUUACCCGCCCCAGUGACGGUGCAUCGGGACCAGCCGCCCGAAGCCGGGACGGGCCUCUCUGGGUACAGGAUGAGAAUGGACGCCGUACCAGGACCCAAGUUGACUGAGUCUGAAGAAGAGGAGCUUAAGAAGAAAUGGGAGAACACCCUCGGCCUCAGUAAUGAAAUUGUGAUCGCCCAGGUGGAGAAGUUCAGCGAGUGCAGCGGCCUGGGCCUCAGUUUGGAGGCCAGGGCCGGGGACCCCGGGCACCACUACGUCUGCUCCGUCCUGCCGGAGGGGCCUGUGGGGCGGAGCAGGAAGAUCGCGGCUGGAGAUCAGCUGCUUGAGGUCAAUGGCAUCCCACUCAUUGGCGAGCCUCAUAAGGAGGUGGUGAGCAUUCUGAAGGAGCUACCCAAGUGUGUCUACAUGGUGUGCUGUCGCCCCGCCCAGACCGCGCUGAGUGACAGCAGAGCCGGCCAAUCCGGAUCGAGUUUGUUGAAGGUGGGUCCUCUGAGAACAGUGCGAGGAGAGAUGGAAGACUGCAUUGUGUACCGUGAGGACAGUGACGUUCUGAGAGAGCACCUGCCGGAAGACUCGCCCGGGGCUGCUUUGGCCAUGUGGGAGACGGAGAUACAGGUUAUCGAGCUGGAGAAGGGGGACGCUGGACUCGGCUUCAGUAUCUUAGAUUACCAGGACCCGCAGGACCCGGCGGAGACGGUGACGGUGAUCCGGUCCCUGGUUCCCGGCGGGGCGGCGGACCUGGACGGCAGGCUCCUCCCCGGUGACCGCCUGAUGUUCGUCAACGACGCCCGCCUGGAGAACGCCAGCCUGGACGCCGCCGUGCGGGCGCUGAAGGGGGCGGCCGCGGGCGCGGUCAGGAUCGGGGUGGCCAAACCGUUGCCCAUGGACUACUAUGAUCUGGACUUAACGAAUGAGAAGACAUUUGAGCGUUACCACGACACCAACAAGGCAGCCAUGCUGGCCCCUCAUAGCAACAACUGCACUGGACAGAAGGAGGAACGGGCGCGUCGCGCGGACGCCAGCGCCUCGGAGGGGGCCGAUAAGCGCCCCCCAGCUCCCGGGACCCCUUUCGAGAGGACGAUUACGGUUGCCAAGGGCAACUCUAGUCUUGGGAUGACAGUGAGCGCCAUUAAGGAUGGCUCAGGGAUGAUAAUUCGCAGUAUCGUUCACGGAGGAUCCAUCAGCCGCGAUGGACGGCUGGGCGUGGGAGACGCCAUUUUAGCUGUCAACGGGGAGCCCACCGUCAAUCUGACCAACGCCCAGGGGCGGGCACUUCUGAGGCGGCAGUCUCUGAUUGGCCCAGACAUCAGCGUCACAUAUGUCCCGGCAGAGCAGCUGAAGGAGUACAGGGCCGCCCUCAGGCUGCCGGCCCCGGACGAGGUCACUGUGGUGGACGCCCUGCCGGGGCUGCGGAGAAAGAUGACAGAACUUAAGAAACAAGAACGCGACGAAGGACAGGAGCUCGAGCCACAUAGCUUCGAGCACGACAGCUGGAACCAGCCAAGGAAAGUGGAGCUGCACAGAGAGCCGGGGAAGUCUCUGGGGAUCAGCAUCAUGGGGGGGCGUGGCAUGGGCAGUCGUCUUAGCAACGGCGAGGUGAUGAGGGGGAUCUUCAUCAAGCACAUCCUGGAGGACAGUCCGGCCGGCAGGAACGGAACUCUGAAGCCCGGAGACAGGAUCGUGGAGGUGGGCGGAGUCGAUCUCCAGGACGCCAGUCACGAGGAGGCUGCGGAGGCCAUCCGAAAAGCAGGGGACCCCGUGGUGUUCCGGGUGCAGGAUGUCGCCCCGUCCCCCCAGUCUCCGCCCCCUGACGCCAGCGACGAGCUGACAGCCGUGUCGACAAACGCAUCGGCCGAGAACAAGGGGGCUGAGAUUCAGAGUAAACUCUUCCUCUCCCCAGUUAACCCUUUCACCCCCACCCCUUUUAAGCCACCAGCCCCGAGGGAUUGUGGGAAAAUCUCUGCCCUGGUGCAACCACCCCUCAAGCAACCUGUAGCCCCUCCCACAGAGAUGACGGACAGCUCCAUGGAGGCCGAGGGACCUCCCAGGCCACAGGCUCCGACUCGGAAGGCUCUUGGGGAAGAGGAGGACCAGUUUGGCUACAGUUGGAGGAAGAUAGUGGACAGGUAUGGCAGUCUUCCAGGUGAGCUGCACGCCAUCGAGCUGGAGAGGGGGGCGGAGGGACUGGGGCUGACCCUGGCGGGAGACAGCGACCGCUCCCCCAUGAGCGUCCUCGUGGGGGGGGUCGACCCGGGCGGGGCCGCAGGCCGGGACGGACGCAUCACGGUUGGGGACGAGCUGCUGGAGAUAAACGGACAAAUCCUGUACGGUCGCAGCCACCAGAACGCCUCCUCUAUCCUCGACAGAGCUCCCUCAAAAGUCAAAAUCAUUUUUAUCAGGAACACGGAGACUGAGAAACAGAUGGCGGUGGGCCCGGGGCACAGAGACGUGCCGAACUCACAAACAGAGCUGGACCAGAGUGCUGUCAUUUCUCCCUCUGCAGUCAGUGUUGACAUGUUCAGAUACGUCCAGCAUAUUGUUCUGCCCAGAGAUCCAGGUGGGUUUGGGAUCGACCUCAGUGACGAGGACACGAGGAACGGGGUCGUGAUCGAGAGCCUGUCGGAGCACGGGACGGCGAGAAAGGACGGCAGGAUAAAAGCCGGAGAUAAAAUCCUGUCGUUGGACGAUGAGACUGUUAUCGGCCUCCCCGUAGGGAAGGUGGCUGGUCUGCUGCAGACGCCUCGGAGCAGGGUGAAGCUCACCGUCUGCACGGACAACUCCCUCACCUCUUCCUCCCUCUCCUCCUCCUCCUCCUCCUCCUCUCACCCCCACCCAGCGAGGGGGGGGGCCGACGGACAGCCAGCCAGUGCCUCUGCCCUCCCUCUCCUUUACGAGGAGCCCCAAGGAUUCCCUUGUGUGACCUCUGACCCCUUGACCUGUCCCAUAAUCCCCGGCUGUGAGAGCACCAUAGAGCUGUCCAAAGGGCACACUGGUCUGGGCGUCAGCAUCGUGGGAGGCUCUGAUACGCUGCUGCGGGUCAUCGUUGUUCAUGAGAUCUAUGAGGAGGGUGCUGCGGCCAAAGACGGGAGGCUAUGGGCUGGUGAUCAGAUCCUGGAGGUCAACGGGGUUGACCUGAGGAUGGCCACACACGACGAGGCCAUGAACGUCCUGAGGCAGACACCACAGAGGGUCCGCCUGACCGUGUGGAGGGAGGAGAACCAGUACAGAGAGGAGGACCUCUGGGACGUCUUCACUGUGGACCUGUUUAAAACGCCGGGCCGGGGCCUCGGCCUGGAUGUGGUGGGGAAAAGGAACGACACGGGCGUCUUCGUGUCGGACGUCGCGCGGGGAAGCGCGGCGGAGGCCGACGGCCGGCUGUGGCCGGGGGACCAGAUCCUGUCGGUGAACGGCGAGGACGUCCGCGCCGCCACGCAGGAGCACGUGGCUUCCCUGCUGAAGAGCUGUGCUGGGGGGGUUAUUCUGGAGGUGGCUCGGUUCAAAGCCAGGCCCUGUCCGUCUGAAAAGAGACCCUCCGUCUGCAGAGAGGGACCCUCAGACUCGUGGGGACUCACCCUUGCUGGGGGUGUGGGGAGCUCCCACACAGACACCCCGCUCUACAUCGCCGCCCUGCCCCCACAGGGACCGGCUGCACAGACUCACACACCGCUAAUUGGAGACAGGAUUGUUUGCGGGACGUCCACAGAGGGCAGGAGUCAGGACCAGACCUGGGCUCAUCUGAGCAACACCUCAGGCACCGUGGACCUGCAGGUGGUGGGGGGUAACGCCAGCAUGACUGGGUGCCCUGAGGAAGAGGUGGACACUCAUGUGUUCUGCAGUGACCUUGGGCCUGCUCAGUACAAACGGAUCACACUGGACCGGGGUUCGGACGGCCUGGGGUUCAGCAUUGUGGGUGGGUUUGGUAGUCCCCACGGAGACCUGCCCAUCUACGUGAAAACGGUCUUCAGCAAGGGCGCGGCCUCCAAAGAUGGCCGACUGCAGCGUGGAGAUCAGAUCGUGGCAGUGAACGGAGUCCCGCUGGAGGGGGUCACUCAUGAGGAGGCCGUGGAGAUCCUGAAGAGGACCAGGGGGACCGUGUCUGUCACUGUUCUGUCUCACACAAGAGAUUCUACUCUAUAAAACACACUUGCACGCACACACCCACACACACACACACACACACACACACACAUUUUUACCUUUAGUAGCAAGCACUGUGAUAUUUUACACUAACUUAUUUGCAGUAUCUACCUGAUGAAAUCUUAAUUUGUACACCAGAUAUGUUCAUAGUACAUGUUCAAGUAACUAGCUGACCACUGAACACAACCCAAUGAGAAUCUAUUGGUGGCGAUUUUGUGAUUUAGCUAGAAUUAGCCACAAUUGUGCAAUACAGUGGCUGAUUCAGGCAGAAUUAUUGUUUGUGGGUCCAUUUAUGGUAAAUCAUACACAUUUAAUAAUUUUUGUACUAGGUCAAGUAUCCAAUGUGCUGAAACAUUAGUCAAAAAUGAUCCCUCUUUUGAAGGUAUUGUGAUGCAGACCUCUUAAGACACCAUGUUACUACAGAUAUGUAUAUUUUGAUCACUAUUGAUAUCACCACAGAGAGUGAUCUCUAUGGUACGGGGUGCUGCAGUGCACCAUGGGAAGAGUGCUUCAUGAGAGUGGGAGGUUUAGUAGUAGGUGCUGUGCAAAAGUGUGUGCUGUUUAGAGCUGCUAACUCAGAUAAGAUGUGUCUCAUUUAUUAACUAUUUCAUACAAGCAUCUCUCAGUUAAUUGCCGUCAUAAAAAAAUAACUAUUCUGCAAUAUUGAUGUAUAGCAAUACAGAGUGAAAUGAUCUCAUUUAUAUAUUUGAAUGCAUUUUGAUGUCCAUUGAGGAAAAUAUUUUAUCAUUUGUCGUACACAUUGAGACUUAUUUGUCCUCAUCUGAGUAAAUGUAAACUACGUUUAACAGCUUUUUUCUCUGAGUGUACAAUUGUUGUGUCGAUCAUCAGUCAGUCAGUGCCGUUAAAUUAUGGAUACUUGGAGGUUUAUGUUUAAGGGUCAUUCUUUAAAUGGAGUUAAGGGUUCAAUAACACAUCAGCAUGAGCAAUUAAGUUAGCUGAAGUCAUUUGGUGACAAUAUCUGUCCUGUUCAUUUUUACAGUCUGUGUGACACACACACCCAGAGGAAAUCUACACAGACAUGGGGAGAACAUGAAAAAUCCACAAAGAAAGGCCAAUGGGUCCCAUUUAGUGGGUCCAAUUGGGCAAUUCACCACUGUGCGACUGUGAAUCUCAGCUUAUGUACAGUACAGUGGCAUGAAUAGAAAAACGUUGCUUGCUAUACAUGUAUUGAGAACACAUGCUAUUCAGCACUCUGAAUAGUGAAAGGCCGCCACAGUGCUGGGCAUUGAAAAUUGAGAGAAAAAUAAAGAAAAUUAUGGAUAAAAGAUUUAAAGAAAAAAAAGUUGCUUAAGUGUAUAGCUCAAAGGGACACUUUGUGGUUAGACUGAACUGAUGCCUUUGUGACAUUAUGAAAGAAAGGAGUAUUCACUAAUGAAGGUCAAUGGAUACUCUCAUCGUUUUUAUGUAUAUAUAUAUAUAUUUCCUGAAGGUCCAUUUGUGUUUUGUUAACAAUGAAUUUAUUUAGUUUCUUCCAUCCUUUCAAUAACAAUUGACUGUGGACUGAAAAAAAAGCAAUGCUACUCCAUGUCUGUCUGCUGAAUAAGGCUUCUGGGAAAAAAAAUAGAGCAGUAAAAUCAAGAUUUUUGUGAAGUACAAAUAUAAAAUAGAAAUAUACAUUAAAAUGUUUGAUGUAG